UUGGAGAUCCCUGCAUAUUUGUAGAUGGAGCUAGCCGCGACACAAAGAUGCUCGCUAAAUAAGGGAAGAAUUCAGGUUUGAAUCUCCAAACAAAAUGAAAGUGACUGAUGGAAAUUCUGGGGAUCUCAGACUGGUCGGCGAACUGUUGGCCUUGCUGCUGCUUCUGGAGGAUUCCUGGGGAUCCUGCCUCAUGGGACCCCACAGUCUGCACUAUGACCUCAUGGCCUUGUCUCAGGAGGGGUCUGGGCAGCCCCAGUUCCUGGCCCUGGGAUACCUUGAUGAUGAGCUCUUCCUGCGCUAUGAUGGGAACAGCAGGAGGGCAGAGCCCUGGGGGCUCAGGAUGAAGGGACACGUGGAACCUGAGACCUGGGCAAGAGAGACUGAAGACCUGCAGGAGGAGGAGCAGCAGCUCAGGAGGAUGCUGGCAGAGCUCAUGGGCCAGAAGGGCCAGGACAGGGGCUUCCACACCCUCCAGGCCACAUUAGGCUGUGAGCUGCAAGGAAACAACUCUGGAAGCUUCUGGCACUUGGGCUACGAUGGACAGGACCUCCUCACCUUUGACCUGGAGACCCUCACAUGGAAACUGGCCGAGCCUUUAAACCAGGAGACCAAGAUGUUGUGGGAGAGGCAUGGCCCCAGAGCUGAUCUAGUGAAGACUUUCUUACAUGACGUAUGUCCCGCUCAGCUCCUGAGACACUUGGCUUCCUUGAGGAACCAAUUGGUGGAUACAGACUCUCCAAAGGUGACUGUGACAGACAGGAAGUUCCCAGUGGGAAGGAUCACCCUCACAUGCUGGGCUUUUAAUCUGUGUCAUCCCACUGCUAUCCUGACCUGGCUUUGUGAUGGGGAGCCCACACAGCAGCGCACCUUUGGGCCUGAGGCUAUCCUGCCCAGCGGGGACGGGACCUACCAGACCUGGGUGUCCACCUGGGUCCUUCCUGGACAGGAGCCUCGGUUCACCUGCCACGUGCAGCACUGCAGCCGGAACACCACGGUCUCUGCAGACAUUGAGCGUCAAGCUAAGGAGACUGGUGGUGCCGCAGGCCUGACUGUUGCUCUGGCUGCUUCUGUGCUUACCCCAGUGUUGAUGUUGCUGACCUGUGCCUAGAGGAGGGAGGAGGAUGGGAAGAAUCCAGAGACAGGAGGGGAGCAGAACAGCCUUUUCCUGUUAGUUGCAUCAGGCACAUCCAGCUGCUGAGGAGCCAGGCCAGAAAUAAUAAUGUCAGUGUUGAAGCAAAGCACAGCUCUCAUCACAGCGCAACAGGAGAUGAUUUAUUCUGGAGCCAAAUACAGAUGACCAGGACUCAGGAAAACAGAUACAGGUCACCCCCAAAUACCACAUUCCAUGUGAUAACAAUUUGAUGAGAUUUUUUCUCUUUUUUGGGUCGGUCUUUUGGAGACAGGGUCUCCCUGUAGGCCCAGCUGGCCUGGAACUUACUAUGUAGACCAGGCUGGCCUUGAACUCACAGAGAUCCGCCUGUCUCUGCCU